AUGAAUGGUUUAGAUCCAUCUUUAAAAACUGCUUCAAUAGAUAAUAAUAAUAAUAAUAAUAAUAAUAGUUUGAAAAAUAACUGCUUGCUAUUGACUGACAUACCAUUAUUCGAACCGCAAGCAGAAGAUAUAUUAACAGAUGAAGAUCUAUUGGAUUUAUUUCGAAUUGUCAAGCAAGUCUUACGUAAAAAUCCUGACACUGAAAGGUUAGCAAAGCUACUUUUUUGCAUGUCCUAUGCUUUAGGCGAUCAUAUCAAAUUUAGCAAACCUUGUCAUGAAGACAGAAUUGUCUUUCGUGAUCAUCAUUCAGCAGUCUAUUCAGUUCGGUUACCCAGCUCAAGUUCGUGUUGUAACCAAACAGAUAGUACUACUACUCCUACUGUCUCUUCAUCCAAUGCUUUAAAACAAGGCAUCCUUCUGAAUGAUAAUACCACUUCUUCUACUACCGCUAUUGUCCCACCUUCCUCCUCUUCUGCAUUUAACUAUUCUCCAAAUGAUAUACUAAAACAGAAUAAUAAUGAUACUGUACAGAAAUGGGUGGAUUCAUCCGCAUCCAUGGCGACUUCUAUUACUUCACCUUCUUCGAUCUCUGCAACUCUUCGCCCGCCGUCCAUCUCGGGCCCAACAUCCAACAAUGGAACCAAUAACACGACGCAAUUACCAUCCGCUUUUACUUCCAAUAUAACCAAUGCAUCUUCACUCCCCGAGAUAGCAUCACAUCCUCAUCCUCUAGCAGCUACUGCUACUGCUGCUGAUUCUGCUUCUGCACUGAGACAUCACUCACCUUUCCGACCUAUUUAUACUUCAACAAACUCAACGGGUACAGACCUUUCAGCCAUCCCUUCAGCAGCAGCAGCAGCAGCUGCAACAGUCCCUAACACUUUCAACGGACGAUCGCCUUCCAUAGCUUCCACAGGAACGUCUUAUACUACACUUCAUCAACGUCAGCUCUCACACCAUCAACUACCCGAGCUCGCAGAGAUCUCUUUGCUGUCAAACACGCCACCUCCACCUCCGCCAUCUACAUCCGCUGCUGGCCAUCAACGUGCUUCAACACCUAUCCCAACUGCUAUCUUACCAGACAUCAGCAACAGUACCACCAGUAAUAGCAAUGGACGCUUUAUUAUUCCGGCACUUUCAGCAGUCCCUCCUCCAAUCCAUCAUCAUCAUCAUCACCAACAACAUCAACAGCAACAACCUUCAAUUACAAACACGACAAACGAAGUAGUCAUGGAGCCUCAACAGAGAGGCUUUUAUUAUCAAGACGGGCGAAUUGCUCGCGAGCCAGUUUUACUCCAACGCUAUGCCGAGCAAGGUAUCCUCACUCAAGCAUCCUUAAUGAGGAAACGUAAACGCCAACAAUCCGUUGACGGUACCCCUCCUUAUGAAUUAUCCAACAACAUGCCCGUUGCUACAAAAAAGCCAAAAAUACCUCACCGCCAUGGUGAAUUCGAACAGAGACGUGACGAUAUCAUUCACAGACUGCGAACCAUCACGAUGGCCGACCUCGAACAAAAAGCACAACGAUUACCGCACCCUUUCACGCUUGCCAUUGACGAUUCUGCCACGAUUGCAGAAGACGUUCUACGCUCGACAGUGGCAAACAACACACUUUCUCGCGAACAGCUUGGCGAAUUAUUAGAGCCUGCACUGCGUAUUCUAGCCAACCAUUCCAAUAUGAAGCCUCAUUUGGAUAACGGCAUGAACCAGAACGGCAUUUAUUAUAAUACUGAUUACUUUCGACUUUAUCUUGCUUUCGAACAGUUUCAGCGUACAUUUGCUAUCUUAUUCCCGAAUGAAAUUGUGCAAGUCUCCCCACCUGCUAAUGCAGUAGCAGUAGCAGAUAAUGAAGCAACAGGAAAAAACAACAGCAAUAACGACGCGAAUAGUGAAACCGAUAAUAACUCCACAACAACUACGAAUACCACUUCAGCCGCUUCGUCUUCAAACGCAGAACGCGACAAAGACCGAGAAAGAAACGCUAAUAUGAAAGCCUACCGUGUUUGGAUUGAACCUUUACUUACAGAAACUAACUGGGCGGCUUUCCGAAGAAAUAUCGUGGUGGGUGAACGUAUGAUGCAGCUCACCAAAUCUGUGGGUCAAGGUGUACUUCUCAUGACCAAAGAGCUCAGCGGUUCCAAACUUCACUUGACCUUCACGAACAGUGAAUGGGAUGAGUUUAUCAACGGCCUAAACUCUGGAAGGUGGGAUCAGACGAUCGAAUGGGACACCGAAGAAAAGAAGCAAUUGGAAGAGGAACAAAGAAGACGCGGUGAACAAGGUGUUCCAUUAUUGGUGUCUGAGCUACGUACAAAGUUUGCCACUCAUUAUUGGUUCUAUCCAGACGGUCUUUUGGUAUCGACGAAAGAAAGAAGAAUGUUAAUCCAUACCUCCACUGUACGAAGCAAUAGCGUCAGUAAUAGUGGCACUGCUGGUGGAAACAGCAGUAGUCAUAGCCAUUAUCACCGACAUCAGAAUAACUCACACCAGCAUUAUUUGCAACAGCAGCAGCAGCAGCAGCAGCAGCAUCAUCCGAGCCUUUACCCACAGCAUCAUUCAGCCGCAUCCUCCUCCUCUUCUACUGCACAUCAUCGAUUACUUUUGCAUGAAGAUAAUUUACAUCGCCGAAGCCAACAACAGUACCAACAUCAACACCAUCAGAACACCUGA